AUGAAGUGUUUGAAGACGGCCUGUCCGAGUGAUGGUCCGCGCGAAGGAGUGGCAGUGGUGGCCAUAGCCACGGGCUUUACUGGUGUAGCCAGCAGAACGGUGCAAAACGUCCACCUGACCCAGAACCAAGUGACACAUCAGAAGGUGUUGGGUUAUGCACCGAUUCUAGCACACUACUCUGACCCCCGCAAGCUGGUUGAAGAACGCGCCGUUCCCGUAGGACUUGAUCACGGCGGGCUCGUCAAACUGGGUCUGAACGACAUGCGUCCCGCCUCUCUCAAAUCCGGCCAAUCAAAGGGUCGAUCAGCAGCGGUCCCAGCAGCGGUUCCAGCAGCAGGUGCUGCGGGAGCGCGGCAACAACUACUGGCCCUCAUCAAGGUCUACCGCAAAGAUCAUACGCAGCUCACAGCGUACGUGGCCAAGCGGAAACUUACUGUGAAGUCCAUCCGAAUUUUGUGGGGCACUUGGCGCUCUGCUGCCACGGACCCAAAGACCAAAGCCAUUAUGAAGCGAAUGAAACCCUACGUCCAAGCAAUCAUCAAGAGUCUCACACCCAACGUAGCUCCCGUGCCAACCUCUGGCAAUACAUCCGGCCCCACCGGGGGCAGUGGGUCAGGCGGUGGCUUCGGAACUAGCGUCGGCUUCACUGGUGGGCUCGGCGGUGGCUUCGGUGGUGGCUUCGGUGGUGGCCUCCGCGGCGGCUUCGGCGGUGGCUUUGGAACAGGUGGUGGUGGUUUCGGUGGUGGUGGUUUCAGUGGUGGUGGUUUCGGUGGUAGUGGUUUCGGUGGUGGUGGUUUCGGUGGUGGUGGUUUCAGUGGUGGCGGUUACGGAGGCGGUUACGAUGGCGGCAGUUCAGGUUUUGACGCUCUCCGUUCGGUUGCGGACCGGGAACCGGAGCAGCCGGUUGUUGAGCCGCAGCCGGUGGUUGACCCGCAGCCGGUGGUUGACCCGCAGCCGGUGGUUGAGCCGCAGCCGGUGGUUGAGCCGCAGCCG